UUAAGAACCCCAAUUCAGUUUUUUGCUUGUUCUUUUCUUUUUUUAUUGUUUUAUCUCUCCUUAGGCUCAGCCCCACUUUCUUUUUCCUUUAAUUGAGCAACAUUUACGUACUACGACUUUACUAAAUGAAAGCAGCAACCCGUCGUAAGGUCUCCUACGUAGUUAAAUUGCGAACUGAUGAACAGACUCAUUGUCUCGGCGUCAAUUCCUUGGCAUUGGAUGCUUCACGCUGCGACAUCAAAGACGAUACUGCCGAAGGAGGUGUGUUGUAUUCUGCUGGUCGAGACGGCGUUGUUGCCAGCUGGGACUUGAACAUUAGAUUUAAAAGACAAUUGAAUACGGAAGAAGCAUGGCUGGUAGAUAAACAAUUACAGUCUGCUGGUAAAUCAACUUGCAAGGCGUUUUCUCAAAUUCACACUGAUUGGGUCAAUGAUAUUGUUUUAUGCCAAGAAGGAACUUGUGUCGUUUCAGCUUCUUCAGAUAGAACAAUUAAAGCAUGGAGACCAUACAGCGAGAAUUCAAAAGCAGUUCAUACUAUCGGAACCCAUACAGAUUAUGCAAAGUGUUUAACUUAUGCAUCGCAGCCAGGAUGGGUCGCAAGUGGAGGCUUGGACAAAAAAAUCAACAUUUGGGAUAUUUCACAAUCAAAAGCAGUAGUGUCAAUAGAUGCAGGGCCUUCCAACCAUUAUGCGGAUGGAGCAAGCGAAAGCAGUACAUUGCACAGUUCAGCAAGCAAGUGUUCUAUUUAUGCACUUGCCGCUAAUGCACCAGGAACAGUUAUUGCUUCAGGUUCGCCUGAAAAGGUCAUUAGAUUGUGGGACCCUAGAUCUGGAAAACGAAUAGGCAAGCUAACAGGACAUACGGACAAUAUUCGUGCAUUGUUGGUCAGUCAGGACGGGAACUAUGUAUUGUCAGGGUCAUCAGAUGCUACGAUUAAGUUAUGGUCUGUCCAUGCUAGAAGGUGUUUAGCUACUUACGAAACACACCCAGACUCUGUUUGGUCACUCUUUUCAGAUCACCCAGAUCUACGAACAUUUUAUUCAGGCUCACGCGAUGGUCUGGUGACGAGAACAGAAAUAUCCGGUCGGGCAUUAUCUGAAAGCGAGAAUGAAUGUAUCGGUCUCUUUAAAGAGAACUCGGGUGUCGUAAAGAUCGCUGCUUUACAAGAUACUUAUGUUUGGACAGCUACGUCUAGCUCAAGCAUCAAUCGAUGGUUGUCUGUACCAUCAAGUAAAAAGCGUCAGAUGUUGCCUCGGUCCAAUUUCAAUCCCGAAGUUCCAGCAAAAGCGAUGAUCAAGCUACCACCAGCCAAAGAUACAUUUUCAGCAUCCAUCCGUGACUCUUAUAUCGCCAGUGAUCAACUUACGAUGUACGCAGGAUCUGUACUUUCUAUACCUAUUAGUUACCAUGAAGAUGAAGAUAACCAAGAUACUCUAGUGCCGCUAAGAAGCGAGCCUGAUUCUGUCAUUCGUGGUGGAUCAGGAAUUGUGUCUCACCUGAUGCUUCAAAAUAGGAUAUAUGUGCUAACUAAAGAUACAAAUGGCGAAGUUACAAUGUGGGACUUAAUACGAUGUAUACAGCUAAAGAAUUUUGGAAAGCGAGAUUUACAAGAAGUUGCUCAAGAGGUCAACAGUCUCGAAAGCUCGCCUGCAUGGUGCACUAUAGAUACUAAAAUAGGAACGAUAACUGUGCAACUUCACGAAGCCAACUGCUUUGAUUGUGAGCUCUAUGCAGAUGAAAUAGAAUUGCCCAAGGAUUAUGAAGUUCGCGAAGACCAAAGAUUAAACCUAGGAAAAUGGAUCCUUGCUAACCUGUUUGCAAAAUAUAUCAAAAAAGAAGUAGAAUAUCAACAAAAUGGAGACACCCGAUUUAUAGAUGAGCAGAUUGAAAAGACAGAAUCUGUUAAAAGCAAAACACAACAACCUCUGUCUGAACAACCUCUGCCACAACAGCGUCCGGGUCCCUUAGAGCAGGUACCUUCUGCACCUUCCAUGACCAUGCCUCCUGUUGAGACUGAAGAACCCAAACCACCACUGGCAGCCAUGACGACCCAUGCAGAACAGUCUCCGUAUGUGCCCACAUCGCCCCAGGCCGCACAAUUUGCAGGUCCCUUUACGGCGCCCGUGACGUCCAGUCCUCAGCCUGACUAUUUCUCGGGUAAUCAUCAUACACAUCUCCGUCGAGAGUCUGCCGUGCAGCUUCCGCCACCUGCUGCUUUGCCUUCCUCUCCCACAUCGCCUACUGCCAGUACUUUUAUGAACCGACUCAAGAAUUUAUCCGUAAAAGCCAAACUUAGCCGAGUACCUACCAAUGAAGAAAGACCGUUGUUUGAUACACCUCAGCCGAAUAAUACGAUUUCUUCUAAUUCACCUUCUGUCGUUCCAUCGGCAACAGCGACAACGACAGUGGCACCUGCCACACCAACAACAACUGCAGAGGAAGACUCGAGCUCAAAGCCCAAUGAAGAAGUGAGCACGCCCAAGUUGAAAGAAAUUGAAGAAAGCAGAUCAGAGACGUACACUCCUGUUAGUCUAGAUGACUUCCCUCCCUUAGAUAUCCCUGAAUCCACGACGAUUAUCAUAGCUGAAGAAAGUGCAGAAGCCUCGACAGGUAUGGACCUGUAUCGCGGUACAGUAGGAUCUACAGGAGAGGAUGCAGAUAUAAUUAUUGAUGCAGCUCCCACAUGGCUGCUAUCCUACCUUCUUUAUAACAAAAUACCCACAAAAGAAACAAUUAAAUUGACAUUUGUGUUACGGCCGGCAAACGGAACAAAGCUGGAAGAACUUCCAGGAGGGUCCAACAAUAGACUGCUUGCAAAUCGAAUGUUACGAGUGAGAAAACUUAUUCAAUAUGUGGCUGAAAAACUUCAUAUUGAAGAUGAAUCAAGCCUUGAACUAUUAUGUGGAGAUACUCCUCUUACAUUUAAUAUGACUUUAGCAGCCAUUAGACAACAUAUUCUAAAGACAGGUGGAGAUAUUCCUAUAUCCUAUCGUCUGAAAGGCGAAGCCAAUGCAUAAAAUAAAAAAAAAGCAAAACUCUGCUGGGCAGAGACUGUGACUUGUUUUAAGUGCUCUUUGUUCUCGCUUCUAGAAAUAAAUAAAUCCCUGUCAAAAAAAAAUAC